GUUGUGUUUUUACAAUUUAUAAAUACAAGUUCCUGCACGUUAUAAGGUUUAGCAGUCACUAUUUUGCAUUCACUAUCAAGAUGACAAGCAACUGCGCCGACAACAUUGUGCAUUACGCUUGGCAAGAGCUAACUAGUGAGGAUAAGGAAUAUGCAGCAGCACAUUUGAACGAGUCUGAUGAGACUAGAGAGAACGUUAUCGCGGAGAUUAGGCGCUGGAUUGAAAAAAGUGACGACUUGCCAGCACAAAUCGAUGAUUUUCUUAUUCUACGAUUUUUGAGAGUCUGCAAGUUUAAUCUCGAGAAAACUAAGAUCAGGAUUCGAAACCACUAUAAGCAGCGAUCUGAUUUACCGGAAUGGUACACAAAUAAGGAUCCGUUUCGACCGGAACUGCAAGAACUGCUUGAAAUGGGAUUAAUAUUGCCUUUGCGAAAGCCGGAUAGCCAAGGAAGAUUGAUCCUCAUCAUGCACUGUACUCGGCAUAACCCAAGAAGACACAAAAUACCAGAUUUAGCUAAGAUCGUUUUAUUGACGGUAGAAGCAGCGAUAAAGUAUUAUCCAGCUGUAUCUAUAUAUGGCUAUACAGUGUUCUUUGACGUAGGCAGUCCAAGUAUAUCCCACAUUUUACAAUUCCCACCCUACGUGAUAAACAAUUUACUCCAUACGUGUCAGAACUGCUAUCCUAUGAGGUAUCAGAAGAUUGUUGCUUUCAAUGCGCCAUCAUUAUUUGAUGUUACUAUGAAGAUUAUGAAACCUUUUAUGACGGAAAAGUUAAAAAGCAAAUUUGAAGUCUACUCACACAAGCACUGUUUCGAAGAUAUUCCAGCUAACAUAUUGCCUGUCGAAUAUGGUGGUACCGAUGGCACACUUCAGGAAUUAAAAGCAUAUUGGAAGAAAUUGAUCGAAGAAAAUCGAGAAUGGCUUAGGAAAGACGAAAUCUAACCACAUAGCGAAACUGGCAGAGGCAGAUGUUGAA